AUGCCCGGCAACAUCAACGGGGCUGACGCCGUCAAUGGCAGCGCAAACGGAACCAAUGGCCUCUCUACACACACUCCCUCACAUCCAGCAUUCGACUCGAUACCAGAUGUCAUAAAAGCUGUCGCAAAUGAUGAAUUCGUCAUCGUCCUCGACAGCCCGUCCCGCGAAAACGAAGGCGACCUCAUAAUCGCGGCCUCGGCCCUCACCCCCUCAAAAGCCUCCUUCAUGAUCCGCUACUCCUCCGGCUACAUCUGCGCACCCCUCCCCGCCUCUCGCGCCGCGGCGCUCCAUCUCCCCCAGAUGGUCGCCGACAGCGCGGACCCCAACCGCACCGCCUACACCGUCAGCAUAGACGCAAUCGACGAGUCCGUGUCGACGGGCAUCAGCGCGCAGGACCGCAGCCUCACAUGCCGCCUCCUCGCGGACCCCAACUCCACCUCCACAAACUUCAGACGGCCCGGCCACGUCCUGCCGCUGCAGGCGCGAGACGGCGGCGUGCGCGUCCGGAGGGGCCACACGGAGGCCGCCGUCGACCUGUGCAGGUUAGCGGGCAAGCCCGAGGUCGGCGUCAUCUGCGAAUUGAUCCUCGACGGCGCGGAGGUCGAGGGGAAGGCAGAGUUCGUCGGCGGCGGCAUGAUGAGGAGGGACGACUGCUUGGCUUUCGGCAAGAAAUUCGGUAUCAAGGUCUGCACGAUCGAGGACCUCGUUACGUAUAUCGAGGAGACGGAGGGCAAGCUCGGCGUCAAGGGCACUGAUUACUGA